ACGAAGCUUUGCUCCAACUCUAAUUGGGCUCCCAACAAGUGGACGGUGAGAUUGGACUAAGGCCGUGUAAGUCAGUGCGAACAACUGAGUUAUAAAAAUAAAGGGGGAAACAAACAAUUACCAAUGAACAAUUAGAGCACCUUGAUCAACAACUUUAUUGUGAUUGGACUUUGAUGUCUCUCUUUCUAUUCCUAAUCCUCCUCUCUUUUGGGUUCAUUCACGACCACAAUGGAGAAGAGUACUACUAUUUCUGCUCCUGAAUUCUGAAGUUCCAUUAUAGCUGCUAUUUCCUCUCUAUUUCUUUGAGGUCUCAAGUCUCAAUGCAAAGCAAAGAGAGAGUUGAUAAAGACAGAGAAAAAAAAUCUACUUUCCCGCCUUUUCUCAGCUGGGUUUCGGUUCGUCUUUGGUUUUUAGACUUGUGGUGCAGUAAAAGUCUAAAUUCCGAAGCAAAUAGCUAGGAUAUACAAGUUCCUGCUUCUUUCGCAGCCGAUUCAGCAGAAUCAAUCUCUUUUUUCUCAACCGGGGGUGUCGGUUUAUCUUGAGUUUAAGAUUAGUUUUGCCAUAGAAAUCUCGCUUUCGAGCAUAUUUCUUUCAUCAUUAGUCCCUUGAAGUUCAGUUGAUAUUUGAUAACAUUUGCUUGUCACUUGAGUUAAUUCUUCAGUAGUUAUUGGCAGGCUCUAAGGUUUGUUUAUGUGUGAGUAGAAGAAUCUUUUCCUUUUUUCCCCAUUUUCUCCCCUCAGAUUUUCUUGAUUCCAGAAAGGUGGGUCCUUCCAAGGUUCUUCAACUUGAGCUAUUAAGAAAAAGAAAAAAGGUGUAUUCUGAUUCCCAGUAAAUGGUUCUGAAUUCAAUCCUUUUAUUCCCAUUGUAAAUCCUUGCUCCUUUUUCUGCACUAUUUCAAACGCUUGAAUCGAUAUAAAUUGUGUGAGUGUAUUAAUGAUUUCAGUCCCGAGGCAAGAAAGGGUGAUGGAAACUCUCAGUCCAUUUCCGUAUUUCUCGGACUGGAAUACGUUGAUGCAGGAGAGCAGAAUCACAAAAUGGACUAAAGAAGAGAACAAGAGAUUCGAGAGAGCUCUAGCUAUUUUCGAUGAGAAAACUCCUGACCGGUGGCUAAAAGUGGCGGCCAUGACCCCAGGAAAAUCGGUUGCUGAUGUGAUAAGGCAGUACAAGGAAUUGGAAGCAGAUGUUAGCGAUAUAGAAGCCGGUCUGGUUCCAGUUCCUGGGUACUUGACCUCGUCUUUCACGUUGGAGAUGGUGGAUGAUCACAGGUUUGACCCCUUUAGAAAGAGGGGCUUGGCGGGUCAGUGUUCGGAUCAGGAGAGGAAGAAAGGUGUCCCAUGGACAGAGGAGGAGCACAGGCGAUUUCUGAUGGGACUUCAAAAGCACGGAAAGGGAGACUGGAGGAACAUUUCCAGGAACUUUGUGACCUCCAAAACACCAACUCAAGUGGCAAGCCAUGCGCAGAAGUACUUCAUGAGGCAGAAUUCCGGCGUAAAAGACCAUAAGAGGCGUCCAAGCAUCCACGACAUCACAACCGUCCAUAUCAUGCAUGAACCUCCUUCACAAUCCAAUGAUGGAUCACUGAUGGUUUUCGGCUCAACUAAUGGUAAUCCUUUCCUGCAGAUGGGUGGAGAUCAUCAUGUUGAAACUAUCAGUUCAUUGUUUCAGAUCCAAUCCCCACUAUAUCGAUUCCAUGGAUGAGGGGAAAAGCUUUUGUAAUCAUCAAUGGUCACAGCUCAACUGAAGUUGAGUAGAAUUAGAAAUUACAUAGCUUGUGUCAAAAACUGUCAUUAGAAUGACAAACGAGUUGGUACUUCCAAUUUCUUUCUUGAAGUUCAUGUCAUGCUUAAUAUUUGAUGCGUUUCAAUUCUGCGUUCUAAACAA